AUGGCACAGAUAUUAAAUGACAAGAAUGGUCAGUUCCAAAAGCCACCAUUGAACCCUCUUGUUGAUCUUCUAACGCUUGGAAUCAACACCUUGGAAGGAGAUAAAUGGGCCAAACGCAGAAGAUUGAUUGCUCCUGCAUUUUACCAUGAUAAAUUACAGGGGAUGCUGCCAGCAUUUUCAACCAGUUGUUGCAAAUUGAUCAAUGAGUGGAAGAACUUGGUUGGUUCUCAAGGAUCAUUUGAACUGGAUAUUGAGCCUCAACUCCAAAUUCUUUCAUCUGACGUCAUUUCUCGAGCAGCAUUUGGAAGCAGCUAUGAGGAAGGACAACAGAUUUUUAAACUUCAAAAAGAGCAGGUGGUUCUGGCGCUUGAAGCAUAUCAGGCCAUAUAUGUACCCGGUUAA